AUAAGGUUAUUUUGUAGAUCAUUUCAAAUGGGUACCACUUAGCUUAGCACCUGACUAAUAAGAAAGAACCAGGUGUGCACAGUGUGUCAAAAGCAGCAGUGACCUUGACAAACAAGCUGCCUGAGUCUAGGGCACGAUGAGUGAAGAAUAGAAGCCAAAUCUUGUAAGGCAGUGUGUAUACACUACAUAAGGGAUUACAUUUUAUUUUAUGUAUAGUGGAACCCACUAUGGGACUUUAAGAGGGGCAUGACAUUAUUUGAGUUAUAGAUGAAAAUAGUGGCUGCCCUUGAGAUCUGCUGUUAAGCUCUGUUUCCUAAGUCCUUUACUUUCCUCCUCACUGCACUGCCCAGGAGCUCUAGCAAACACAAGAAAGCUUUCAGUCUUCCAUUGUAAUUGUGAUUAGAUUUUAAGGUACUGGUAAAUACUUCAUUAUCUUGAUGAAAAUUUUUCAUGCAUAUUUUGCUGAGUUUUGUCAUUGUUUUUAAAUCAUGAGUUGACAUUUUUGGUGUUUAUUAAAAUGGUCAUAGUUAGCUUGUUAAUAUGGUAAACCACAUUGAGGGGUUUGCAGUGUUAAACCAUCAUUAUAUUAGCCAGGAUUGCAGGAACCUUUUGUAUUACUGGGCUCAGCAUGUCAGUUUAUCAUUUCCUAAUAUUUUAUUAAGGCUCUGUACAUAUUCCCAAGGGACACUAGCACAUGGAUUGUUUUGCCCUUAAUGUAUUUGACUUGGUGUUACAGUGAUACCAGCCCUGUCUGUUGAGUUGAAAAAAGCUUGCUUGCCUUCUGUUUUUUGAAAUAGCUUAUAUGAAUUGACAUUAUUUCUAACUUAAAUGCUUGGGAGAAUUCACUGUGAAGCCAAAAAGCUGGACAAUAAAAAAAAUUGAUAAGUUUUAUUUAAUCAAAGCCUCUUCUUCUAAAAGCAUGAUUGAAUAGCAACAAGGUCGUAUUACAAAUGGAUGUGUGUUGAGAUAGGUGUGAUUUCUAGCCUUCUUUCGUGAUGUGUUCUCCAGUGGAGUAUAGAAAGGCCAGUGCUGAGCUUAACUCAAGAGCCUCUUGUGUGCAGUUCUAUAACUCUGACACUUGUGAAAGAUACUGUUAAAUUACUCAAGUUUUCUUUUUCUCUUCAAGCCUCAAUUCUCCUCUGUUGUGAGAUGAAAAUACUAACAUUGCACAGUAGGAUCUCCAUGACAGUCAAAUGAAGAAACAGACACUAAUAGUACAAAGUGUUAUUGUCGUUAGAGUAUUCUCAUUAGUUACUGUCAUUUAUACAUGGUUGAUCCUUAAAAGUUUCCCCUUUUCAGAAAACAAACUAAUUACUGUCUUAAGAAAAGUCUAAAAUAUUUUUUACUCUUUCAAUAGAAGUAUAAAUUCCAAUUUAACCUUCUGAUUCUUGAUAACUGUGGAAAUCAAAAGUGGAUGUAGCCAAAUUAUUUUCAUGCUCUCUCUAAGGAAAAUGCAUUCAUACUAUUGUCCCAUGCACUCUGUAGUUUGUGCCAAGCUAGUCCCUGUUACCAGUGUUAGUUUUCUGAGCAAUUGAAAUGCAGACACAGUAAGUGGUAAUCACUGUUACUGUAUGUGUUAAUAUUAUGACAUUUUAAGGAUAUGCUAUAUGCUAUGUAAUUGAACCAGAACAACAAACUAACCAAUCAUUAGUACACUUUUUACCUGAAAAUUUCCUCUUCUUAAGUUUUAAUAAGAUUUUACCCACCUACAAAGCAUAACUAUUCACUGUGCGAAAUGAAAGGUAGUUAUGUGGUUCUCAAGAAUUAUUAGGCACUUUGAGCUACAAAGAGAAUAAUUUCAUGUCAAAUAAGAAAACCCUGUGGCUUCACAAACCCACUUGUCUUUAGCACAGAGAAAAAUGAUUAUUUUCAGUAUCUGAGAGUUAGAUAGCAGAGACUCAGCCAUGCAUCACAAGUUUAAAUUUUAUACAGUGUAGAUUUCUUUCAAUUUAUGUGUUUACCUGCAUCCAUGUAUGUGCAUAUGCAUGUUUGAUGCCUUUGAUGGUCAGAAGAGGGAGUUAUAUCCCCUGGAACUGGAGCCACAGUAAAUAGUGUGAGCUGCUGGGAACUCAGCCUGGGUUCUCUGCAAUAGCAGCAAGUACUCUUAACUGCUGAGCUGUCUCUCCGGCUCAAGAAUCUUUUCUAUAAAGAUGUGCAUCAGUGAAUCACAAUGUUAUAAACAACAGCUCUGGAGAUGCAACUCUAUAUUAAUAUAAAACUGUGACUUAACAGAAGUGAAAACAGCACAACUCACUUAUUACACCUUUUUUUCUCUCUCCUGUCUCAGUAGCUGUGUAGUGUAAUUUUAUGUUUGAUUACCUCUACAUUUUUCAAACACCUUCAUGUUUUCAUUUGAUGUUCAAAUGCCCUACAAUGUAGGUAAUGUGGUUUUUACAACUACUUAAACAUAGGAAAAUUAAAAGCAAAAUAACAAGGUCAAGAUAGACUCCAAUGAUCCGGAACUCCUGGUUCAACACUUGUUGAAAUGAUAUUUACAGAUCAUUAUUCAUCUACUUACUCACUAUUUAUUAUGUAACAGCCAUGUUCCAGGAACUAUCUUGGCCAAGAAAAACAGAGACAUGCAUGUUUUCUACCUUCCCGAAGCUUCCAGUGUAGUGAGGCUCAUUAUUUAAAUACCAAUACAAACCCGAAGCUGUACUCUGGUGAAUACUGUAUGAGAAAUUAGAAUGUGGAGAGCUGACCGAGUCAGAUUAAGAGGAAAGGGAUCCUUUGGGAAAUGAUAAAGUCCAGGUCUGAGGGCUAGGCAUCACAGAAAGGACGGCCUGGCAAGGCUAGACAAGUGGGGCAUUUUGGGCAAAAGAGCCACCACUGCAGGAGGGGACAUGCAAACUGCAGGAGACUUGGAGAAGAGCAGGAGUUGACACAGAAAUCACAGUUUACUGGAUUCUGACCACCCAAAGCCGAGGAAAGGCUGUUUGUUUUAAUAAGUUCCUGGGGUUACAUAGACAUGCUCAAAUCUGAGUGACUCCUGCUUUAUUUUACCAAUUGCCUCCUAGUUCACCUCGACGGUUCACAAAACUAAGGGAACUGCUAACUCCAUUCACAAAUCAUCAGAUUAACUCAUUCAGGGAGGUCUAUCCCUUUUAGGGAAUAAUGGAAGAAUUCAAGCUGGUGACCUUUGGCCUGGGUGUUAUUAUAAUGUAUUGAAUUAACAAAGAAGCUACUCAAUAAAGAAAUGAAGAGAGAAUGAAAUGAUGCCCCUUGCUGCUUCAGGAGUAUAAAUACUUUCUUUUACUGUAGCCCUUCUAGAUGACAUUUGUUUCUAGAAUAUCAUUCCCACACUGUCUUAAUGUACAGAAGUCUGGUAGCUUAUAAAGCUUUCUUUAGAUCUGUGCUUGUCCUAUUAGAAAAUGUAGACAUCAUUUUCUCUGAGGCACGUUGAUUUGUACAUAGUCACAUUUCAAUACUGCUCUUCAUUUCCCAACCAUUGCAAUGAAGAAUCAAUAUCAAAGUCUGUUGUCUGGAAUAGGGGAAACUGAUAGGAUUCUAGUGACAUAAGAACUUUACUAAUAAUUUGAGACAAAAGACAGCUACCUUGGCUUUAAUGAAAUGAAGGUAAAUAGGCAGUUAGAGGUAUUCUCAGUGAAAAUAGAAGUCGGCAUGUGGAGAAGUAGAGGUGGGUAAAAUGUCUCUGGUGACACAUUGUUUUGCUUUUAAUUUUCCUAUGUAUAAAUAUCCGUAAAACUUGCCUUGCCUGCAUGUGGGACAUUUGAACACAGAAUGAAAAAGCUGAAGGAACUCUGAAAGAUGCAGAAAAUGGUAAAUAAGGCUGGCCAUCUCUGGAAAGGCCAUUGAUCCGCCUCAUGUAAAGUAUGCUCAGUUCCUUUCCAGUGGUUUUGCUGGAAACCAUGUCUCACUAUACAGAUGAACCCAGAUUUACCAUAGAACAAAUAGAUCUGCUCCAACGUCUUCGGCGUACUGGGAUGACCAAACAUGAAAUUCUCCAUGCAUUAGAAACUUUGGACCGUCUUGAUCAAGAGCAUAGUGAUAAGUUUGGAAGGAGGUCCAGCUACGGGGGAAGCUCAUAUGGGAACAGUACCAACAAUGUUCCAGCAUCUUCCUCUACAGCCACAGCUUCCACGCAGACCCAGCACUCCGGAAUGUCCCCAUCACCCAGCAACAGUUAUGAUACCUCCCCACAGCCUUGCACUACCAAUCAAAAUGGGAGAGAGAACAACGAUCGAUUGUCCACAUCCAAUGGGAAGAUGUCGCCAUCUCGAUACCAUGCAAACAGCAUGGGUCAGAGGUCAUAUAGCUUUGAAGCCUCAGAAGAGGACCUAGAUGUAGAUGAUAAAGUGGAGGAAUUAAUGAGGAGGGACAGCAGUGUGAUAAAAGAGGAAAUCAAAGCCUUUCUUGCCAAUCGGAGGAUUUCCCAAGCAGUUGUUGCACAGGUAACAGGGAUCAGCCAGAGCCGCAUCUCUCAUUGGCUGUUGCAGCAGGGAUCAGACCUGAGUGAGCAGAAGAAAAGAGCAUUUUACCGAUGGUAUCAACUUGAGAAGACAAACCCUGGGGCUACGUUAAGUAUGAGACCUGCCCCUAUUCCAAUAGAGGACCCUGAAUGGAGACAAACACCUCCCCCAGUCUCUGCCACACCUGGAACCUUCCGACUCCGACGAGGGAGUAGAUUUACCUGGAGAAAGGAGUGCCUAGCUGUCAUGGAAAGCUACUUCAAUGAGAAUCAAUACCCAGACGAAGCAAAGAGAGAAGAGAUUGCCAACGCUUGCAAUGCAGUCAUACAGAAGCCAGGCAAAAAGCUGUCCGACCUGGAACGAGUUACCUCGCUGAAAGUUUAUAAUUGGUUCGCUAAUAGACGGAAGGAGAUCAAGAGGAGAGCGAAUAUCGAAGCAGCAAUCCUGGAGAGUCAUGGGAUAGAUGUACAGAGUCCAGGAGGCCAUUCCAACAGUGAUGACGUGGAUGGGAACGACUACUCCGAGCAGGACACUUGGCAAGCACGCAAUGGGGAGGAGGAGGAGGGAAGAAGUUCAGAGGGAGGCAGAGAAGCAGAGAAGGAUGACAGCACGAGCCAUAGUGACCACCAGGACCCCAUCUCACUAGCUGUGGAGAUGGCAGCCGUCAACCACACUAUCUUGGCAUUGGCCCGGCAGGGAGCCAAUGAGAUCAAGACAGAGGCCCUGGAUGAUGACUGAUGAGGGAGGAUCACACAGUUAACUUAGUUUAGACGUAGCACCUUAGCAGACUUUCCUCGGUCCUUAACAUGUGUUCUUACAGUAUAACUUACAGUUUCUUGUAUGUCAGGUAGCCGUUAGGGUCUUGUUCUGUGAAGAUGGCAUGGUGCCCUCAGCCUUUGCAUAUACUCUCUCAGUAUUAAAAUCCCAGUAAGUAAUAACCAACCAACCAAACGUUCCUCUCCCAGCCCCUGAGGCUAAACAAUCUCGCUGCUCUGUCUUAGCAUUCCAAGAAAGUGCUUCCAGGUAUUUAGAUAACCCUCAGUUCUCGAAUACUAGGCUCUGUGUAAAAUCUUGGGUACCUUUAGAUUCAUGUACCACUAGGCUGUACCCCGUUCCUGCCCCAAGACUGACAGGAUGCAAGCUGAGGUAGUGGCACAGGACCGACAGACACCAUCCGGGAAGUAUCCACCACGGAGAGCAAGGAACACUAGAGCCCCGCCUCAGCCGGAGAUUGGUUGAUUCAGCUGCAAUAAGCCGUGCCUCCUAGUCACAGCGUGGCUAGACUAUACUUCUUUGGGUGCUGUGCUAAGAAUGUCAUUGGAAUCCCGAGCUCAGUUCUUGGUUGAUGUUAACAUGCCCAACACAGACAUCCUUUCCUCUUACGAGCUGUGUGACUUAGUAGAUAACAUACUGCCUUCUGCCUUUGGGACCACGAUCCUAAAACAAAAAUGACAAAAAAAAAAAAAAACCCAAGUUCUGAAAAGCAAAACCCCAGCUUGAGAGCAGUAGGGGAGAGUAUGAGCUGAAUGUCGGAUGGAUGCUAAGCCCAGUUCUCAGAGCCUCUAUACAUUCCACACUCGGUACCAGCGCCUGCCUGGGAAAGUGCUGGAGAUACCAUGGAAGUCGCUUUGCCUCCUAUGGGUGCCUCUUCCCUGCUGCCCUAAGAGUCUCUAAGGAUAGAGCCGAGAUCAAAAGUGAGUGAAAGAGCAGGCUUUGAACCCAUCACCCGAAGCCUGCCGCCCAGAGUUCCAGCUAGGACUCUGUCGGGGAUUGUCACAGAUGCAGAUCCUUGCCUAGCCAGGGGCAGAAAAAGCAGGGGACAUUCACCACUUGUAUCGUGAGUGUGGGGGACACAGCAGGACGUGUCUGCUUUGUUCCCUUGACUCUGUCCUUGUGGAGGUGUGAAAGCUAUAUUGCUACAGGCAAUUUAUUUAAUAAUUGGAAGCCAUAUUGAUAAUGGAUGUGGUAAUAUUUGUAGUUUAAUCUACUUUAAGCGGCAGUAACUAAUGGAAAUUUUUUCCUUGAUCACAUAUGUAGCACUUUUGUUACUUUUUAAAGAUAUUUAUAUUUGAUAAAUCUUUUUUUCAUUUUGAGAACUCAAAAUACCAAACCGUGAACUUGCGUUAUAAAGUCACCCUGUGAUCACCUUGUCAUCUAGUAGCAAAAUGAUGAACUAUUCAUGCAUCAAAGAAAAUUACAUCUGCUGGCCUUGUAUGAAAAUGAUCCUGGCAACCUGAUUAAAUGGCACACUGUCACUGUGGGUAAGAAGCAGCAGCAGCCGUCAGUGUGGGGGUGCGGUGUGUGUCUGAGAGAGGCUCAGUGUUUUCUGCCUCAUCCCAUCUCUCCUCCGUGGGUCUGAUGGAGCCUUGUUUGGAGGACAGUGUGGAAUGGGCCGUUAAGCAGGGCUUCCGUCUCUUUGUCCAUUACCUGAACCAGUUUCUAAGAUAGAGAGUAGGUACCGUCUCCUUAACCUCCUCCUCCCUCAGCAAAUGUGUUGAACUUCAAAGCUGUUGAGGGAGGAGGGCACACGACCACCCUCUUCUCCCCUUCUGGCUGGCUGGAUACUCGGGAGCCACAGCAUGUAGCUGGUCUUACUGGGGCACACUCUGACUGCAUUAUCCCUUUAGGUGUGAGUCUUGGUUACUCCAAUGUGAGGAGUCGUCCUUGAGGGCCCUGAGGAUGCUACCCCACCUACGUCUGUGACUUUGAAGAGCUCUAGGUAGGGCCUGGUCCUGCUCCUGUCCAUGGAUUUCCCGGGGAAAUGUACGUUCUUCCCAGCUCCAAAAGCUGAAGUAACAUGGAGCCAUCUUCUCUUACUGUAGUACUUGAACCCACAGAUUUAAGAGUAGCAGUUCUUAUUCUCAGGAACCCCCACACCUACUUAGAACCUUCCAUGGUUUAUUUGAUUUUUUUUUUAUUUCACUUAGGAGAUUGCAUUGUCUUUCUUUCCUUUUGUUUACUAAGAAGAAAUAUACCUAUUGUGUCUUUCCUCCUUGGUCGAGUUUUGUCUGCUUCUUCUCAGUUGGAUCAGAAAGGACGGGAUGGGGGGACCAUAUUUUUCUGACAAGCCACAUCCACGAGUGACCAGGAGGUGAUUAUGAUUGACAGCUUCUUUCUGGCGCCGUCCUCUCGUUAUUUGUUCUUGGUUGCCGUUUUAAAGGAACAGACCCCAGCCGCUAAGACAGCUCCAGUUUCUAAGGGAACUCUGACUGCAUCAGAAAAGCAAAAUGUUCUGUUGUCCUAAGACCUUUGAGAGAGAGAAAUGCAGCAGAGGCUACCGAGCCCUGGCUGGUGUAGGCAGUGCCAGUCUGUGUGGUAGUGUGGUGGCACCAGAAGAGCGUAGUUGCCCGAGGCCGGCUCUGCUGAGCCAGCUAGAGGGCCUUGCUAGUCCUUCUGCUGGAGAAGCUGCCGCACGCCCACGGACUCGGGGCCUACGAGGAAGCUGUGCCGUCUCACCCACAGUACGAAUUUGCCUCUUUGGGAUCGAGGUUCAAAUCUACCAUCAGGUCGUUUUCUGGGGGUCACCAGGUCAGAUUCUCCUUUUGUGUCUAGGUGUCCUUUUGAGCUCUUGGGAUAGCCACAGAGCUGCACAGUCAUUCUCCUUCCUGUGGACGGUCAAUCUUUGCUGAGCUUUUCCAGCUUUUAGGUAUGGUGUGAAAUCAGAAACUCCCGCUCCCCAUGCUGAGAGGAAAAGAGCUGGGCUAGACUCGUCCUUUGUUAUCCUUGCAUGCCUGUCUGUCUCUGCUCUCACCUCCAGUACCUCCCUCGGCCCUGGAGAUCUCUUUCAGGAGUUGUACCUUCCUGACCGACAAGAUGCUGAAAGGGGCGAGGGAGGGGCACAGCCACCAUAGUGUGUGCUCUGAGUGUUUGUUCAAGUGCUUGGAGUUACUGU